UUGCCCAUCACUCGUGCACAGAUGGCAAGCAGCAUAGAGAUGGCAUACUCUGAUGUUACAAUGAGCUCCACAAGUGAGGCCUAUACUCAUGAUUUUUCAAAGAAUUCCACAGAUGACUACGACUACUACAUCACUGUCGAGAACAAUUCCGUAUUGAUGCCCAUGUCCAAUGUCUACAUUCCUGUGCUGUACCUCAUCAUGUUCAUCACUGGCUUCUUGGGGAACCUGUUCGUCAUUGUGGUCAUCGGACAGCGGCGAAAAAAGAAUGGACGUCUGGUGGACACCUUCGUGAUAAACCUGGCAUUAGCCGACCUUGUGUUUGUCUUCACAUUGCCACUGUGGGCGAUUGCAGCCAGAUUUGAGGAGUGGCCCUUCGGCGAGACCUUGUGCAAGAUCAGCAGCUUCAUAAUUGCGGUCAACCGCUUUUCCAACAUCUUCUUCCUCACGUGUAUGAGUAUAGACCGAUACCUGGCUGUCGUGCGCCUCAUGGACUCUCAGUUUCUGCGAAGCAGCAACUGUGCGCAGAUCACCUGUUGUGUCGUGUGGAUCAUUUCUUUCUUCUUGGGAAUCCCAUCAUUGUUGUACCGUCGGCUGACAGGCGAUAUGUUGUGUUCAGAGGAUUCGAAAUCCUCUUUUGUCCAAGGCAUGAAUCUCCUGACCAUAUUUCUAACCUUCCUGCUUCCUGUACUGAUUCUCUGCCUCUGUUAUGGAUCAAUUUUGAUUAACCUGCGGCGUCACUCUCAUAUGGCCACAAACUCACGUGCAGAAGCCAGACGCAGACAUUCGCUCAAGAUCGUGUUUGCCAUAAUUGCGGCUUUCCUGAUCUCUUGGCUACCUUUCAAUUUGUUCAAGACCAUGCAGAUCACCUUACUGAUGAGCACGGGAGAUCUUAGCGGGGAAACAAUGGCGGUUGUAGUUAAUGGUCUAAUGCUGUCCUGCUGCCUGGCAUUUCUCAACAGUUGUGUAAAUCCAGCCAUCUACUUCUUUUUGGAUCAGCAUUUCAGGCGCAGAGCUUCGAAAUUGUGUCUGAGCUGUCUGGGUCAAGGAGAGGUCCACCAGAGCUACAUCUCUUCGAAUUCUCUCUCGAACGGGACAUCUGAGACCUAUUCUGGGAAUACAUCAACCCGCGGGCGGCUUUUCUCUCUUUCUCAGAAGGACUGAAAACUGUUUUUCAGUUUGCUGUUUUCAGAAUCCUCUCUUUCUUCAUCGUUGAAAUUAUCAAAUAAAGUAGAUGUUAGGAUCUUUUGUUUUAUGCAUUUGCUAAAAUGAGAUAUUAAUUAAUUAGCCAGAGCAUUUAAUAUGAAUAUUGCAUUUAUUUUACUUUUUUUUUAGUAAUGUUCUAUACAUUUAAAUAUUUAAUUUCCUACAUACAAUAGAUUAUGUAUGGGUGAACAUCACUUAGUAUACAAGAUUAAUUUAGGUAUUUUCACACAGUAAUAAUUGACAUCCUAACAUCAUGAGGUGACAGUAUUGCAACUUAGUGACAAUCGUAAAUAUUCACAAUUUAUUAUGUUUAAACUCUUCCUAUAUGCAGCUUUAAAAUAAAUGGAUUUAUUUUUAAGUUAAGUCUAUGUAUGCAAAGCAAUUAAAUAAUACAUAUAUUUUUGCAUUUAUUUUAUAUAACUUUUUCUGCAAUCGUCUACAUUUGUGUUUUUAAUUUCCUGCAUAAAAAAUAUUAACAAUUUAUUUAGUUUCUACUAU